AUGUAGGAUAAUUUAAACUAUUUAUUGUUAUUAUUUUAGGAUUAUGAAUGCGAAUUGAAGCUCAUGUUUUCACAUUAAAAUGGACAAAAGAAUAGAGGACACUUGAAAUAAGGAUCAUAAUAAUAAGCAAUCCACAAAGAAACCUAAGUGAAUUCAAAAAUAGAUUUUCAUCAUAGGAGGAGCAAAAUGAGUAGUUUCUACUUAAAUCAUUUAUUUGCCCUUAUUAUGAAGCUCUAGAACAGAUUCCUUAAUGAGAGAAUUAGUUUUUCAAUUAAUAAUUAAUUCAUGAAAAAAAUUACAACUGCAAUUUAAAAGGCUUAAUGUAGUGAAUUACUUUAGAAAAGGUUUGCAACUUAAUUAAAUGUUAUGGUGAAAAGUAUAGAUAAAAAAUUUAUAUAAGAGCUUCCAGGAGGAUAUUUUCCUCGUUUCUCUGUCCCCUCUUUAAGAAUAUUACUGAUGCUUCAUUUAUAGCUUAGCACGUGUUUACUAAGAAAUUAACCUCAACGUUAAGACUAUAAGAUUUCUUUUUAAUUUAGCUAUGAACAGUAUUCGAGCGUAGAAAGGAAAUAUAAAAAUCCUACACAUUCAUCAAAUGAAAUUAAUCAACAAAAGAUGGGAUAUUACUGA